GAGCACAGCAGCGUCGUCGCCAUCUAUGAGAUCGAGGUGUGGGGGUAGAGAGGAUAUUUCGGCCGUGGUCAGGAACGGUGAACCCAAGACGGAAGUGAAGAAUCGACUGAAACGGACACUGGGGUUGAGAGGCGUUGAAGGAGAGCCUCGACGACGAAGACGGUUUGGAGGCGGCGUGGCGGGUGGCAAUGAGGAUGAGGAAGGCAAGCUGGUCAUAACGGCCAGCGACAAGAACCGGAUGCGUCAGGUGAUUGGCUUUGUUCCCCGCAAAAUGGCGACGUCACUUGCCGAGGACAUGAAACCCGACAGGCUUCCCACUCUUUGGACCUCUCGGGACUCUUAGUCAUCUUUAUCUCUUCGUCCGCACCGCCAUUCAGUGCAAGGUGCACACCCUCUGCUGUUACAACACCGCACACAGUUCCCUUCAUGAUCGUGUAACAAGACUUGUCGUCAUGGCGGACGUUCUCAUUAGCGAACAUGCCUAGGCGCUUCGGAGGAGGCUCUGACAACUGCAAGCCUCAGAAUGACUCGACUAUGCUGAAACCAUGGAGCGAAGAACCGAGCUUCGAACUCGGAUGGCCUGUCGACUGAAGCGCAUUGCUGAUGCCCAAGCGUUUUGCUUCCUGUGACCAAUCCAUUCUCUCCGGGACCUGACUGCGCAUUCCACAACACGUGCAUUUAGGCAUGGGUGGCGUUCGAUAAGCGCGUCGCCUGGUUGACCCUAUCGGCCGAAUGAGAGCUCCAUGGCCUGCAUUCGUAUUUUUUCUUAUCUCAGCAUCUCUACUCCCCCUCGGUAGGUAUGGACUGCGCCGCUUAUAUCGUCAUGUGCCAUUCUGCGACAGGCGCGGUCGCUCUGCUUCUCAAUUGAUGGAAUCGGUGAGCGCACUGUACACGCUGGAGGACACACCGGCCUAGGCCGGGUCCACAUUCGGAUUCAAUAAUCUGGAUGACGAGCACGAGACCAAUGACGAAGAUCAUAUGUGUAUAAGCCUCCCUUUUAAUUGCAACGCAUUCGAAACGAUCCUCCACCAUGGUUUUCCUCAGCACACUGAGUCUUUCCCUCCUCUCUUUGGCACUGUCCGCACGGGCGUCGUUCCGAGACUUUGGCAUCCCCGAGUCAGACGCCACCGUCAAUGUGCGCGUCUUCGAUGUUGGAACUACCACGCUCACCGGCGGGACGGCGCUCUUUCUGCACCCUGUGCCGGCCGGCCGGGAGAACAUGACCUCUUCGAUGCUCUCAUUCUUGAUCGAGCACAACAAGAAACGGAUCCUGUUCGAUCUGGGGAUGAGGAACGACACCCAGAACUUUUCGCCCACCGUCGCUAGCUACUUCCCCGGACUCGUUGCCAAGCUCGACGAGCCGAACGGGGAGAUCACAGGGAUCUUGAAGACGGCCGGAAUUCCUCUCAACACUAUCAACGCUGUCAUCUGGAGCCACGCCCAUUUCGACCACAUCGGAGACAUGUCCAAGUUCCCGAACAGCACCGAACUUAUUAUCGGAUCCGAGACCGACACGGAUACUUACCCUCAAGUUCCGACCGCGAGUUUGAAGGCUGAGGAUUUCGCCGGCCGUACUGUGACCAAGAUCGACUUCUCGAAGGCUAAGAUGACUUUCAAUGGGCUCAAAGCGGUCGACUAUUUCGGGGACGGCAGUUUCUAUCUCAUGGAUACUCCCGGACAUAUGGCGGGCCAUAUCACGGCGCUGGCUCGCACCACCAAGUCCACGUUCAUCGUCCUCGGUGCCGACACCUUCCACCAUCCUGGCGAGCUUCGCCCCCGUCCUGCGUUCCACCAACAGUACCCCUGCCCUGCCCAUCUGCUCGAGGACGCCAAAGCCAUCUCUACGGACUACUUCUGGUCGCCCAAGAGCAGCUCAGGCGUAUUCGACCUGACCUCGCGACCGGAGCAGCUCUUCGCGGUGUCAGACACUGCAGGCUCGUUCUACGCCGAUCCAGUCACCUCGGAGAUCUCGAUCGUGAAGCUCGCGAACUUUGAUGCGGAUCCGGAAUUUUUCGUGCUCGCUUCGCAUGACAUCAGUCUGCGCGGAGCGAUCCCCGUGUACCCUGCAUACUUGAACCAGUGGAAGCAACAAAAUCUCAAGGAGAACAGUGUUUGGGGAUUCCUGAACAAAUCGAGCCCGUCUUUCAUCUUCACUGCGGUCUAGCGGCGGAGCGGCUGGCUUGUUAAAUUAUAGAUUCAUAGAUAAACUCUUCUAAUUUCGCCGAGUGAGGGUGUGCCACCUCGCCUGGGCUCACUGACACGCAUACUACGGUUUUAGUGGAACCUCUUCCGCAUAUGCAGAACCACCUACCGGGAUCAAUAGAUGGAAUAAUAUUGGAGUCACUUCGGAGUUCAAAAAAUGAUCGUUGGCCAUAAAUUCCCUACCAGUAAAUCACACUGUAUACAAUCCAGCGAGCAAAAAGAUAGCACUACCGUGCUUUU